AUGGUAUGUCAUCCGGUUUCUUAUAAAGCAUUUAUUUUUUCUUCUUGGUUUCAUCAGAAUCAAUUAGCUGUGCAGGAAAUUCAAUUGACUGCCAAAAAUGCUGCUGCCGACAAACUGAUACUGAUUGUCAGUGCCGAAAGUGAAAAGGUGAAAUAUGAAAAACAUAUCGCCUCCGAGGAAGAGAAGCGAGUACGAAUCAUAGAAGAGGAUGUUUGUAUUAAAACGAAAAUGUGUGAAGAAGAUUUACGUAAGGCUGAACCGGCCUUGGUAGCGGCCCAGGCAGCUCUAAACACCUUGAAUAAAAAUAAUCUAACGGAGUUGAAAUCAUUUGGUUCGCCACCCAAGGCCGUGGUUAAUGUUUGUGCUGCGGUUAUGGUGCUCUUUGCCAAUAAUGGUAAAAUACCGCGGGAUCGUAGCUGGAAGGCUGCUAAAUUGAUGAUGGUGCGGGUCGAUCAAUUCCUCAACGAUUUGGUCAAUUACAACAAAGAUAAUAUACAUCCGAAUAUCAUUGAGGUCCUGCAGGGGUAUUUGAAGGAUCCUGAAUUCAAUCCCGAUAAAAUUGUACAAAAAUCUGUGGCCGCUGCUGGUCUUUGCGCCUGGGUCAUUAACAUCCAUCGUUAUCAUCAAGUUUUCUUGGUCGUUGGUCCAAAACAACAGGCUCUCAAAGAUUCUCAAAAUGAAUUGGCAGAGGCGAGGCAACGUUUGGAUUACUUGAAGCAGAAAAUUAAUGAUUUAGAACGAAAGCUCAGCGAAAUUCAAUCGGAAUUUGAAGAUGCCGUCGCCUCGAAACAAAAAUGCCAACAGGAGGCGGAUAAGACGACAUUCACCAUAGAUUUGGCCCAUCGCUUGGUUAAUGGGUUGGCGAAUGAAAAUGAACGUUGGAGGGAGUCGAUUCAAAGUUUACAAUCAAAAAGUGCUACACUACCUGGUGAUAUCCUGCUAAUUUCCUCUUUUCUAUCGUAUGCUGGUUGUUUUACACGUCGUUAUCGUGAGGAGCUGCAACAGCAAAUGUGGCUGCCAAGCUUUCGACGGAUAGAGCCAGCCAUUCCGCACACGGAUGGUGUGGACUAUUUGGCCUUGUUUACGGAUGAUGCACAAAUUGCCACCUGGAAUAAUGAAGGUUUGCCCAUGGAUCGUAUGUCCACAGAGAAUGCCACAAUAUUGGUACAUUCAACGCGAUGGCCGCUGAUGAUUGAUCCGCAAUUACAGGGCAUCAAAUGGAUCAAAAAUCGUUAUGGCGACAAGUUGGUGGUCCUGCGUCUCAGCCAAAAACAUUUCCUUGAGACCCUUGAAAAGGCAAUGGGAAAUGGUGAUACGGUACUCCUUGAACAAAUUGAGGAAUCUGUGGAUACCGUACUCGAACCUCUGUUAAGUCGGGCUUUAAUCAAACGUGGACGCUUUAUACGCCUGGGCGACAAAGAAUUGGACUUCAAUCCAAAUUUCCGAUUAAUCCUACACACCAAAUUGGCAAAUCCCCACUAUAAACCUGAAAUGCAGGCCCAGACCACACUGAUUAAUUUCACCGUUACCCAAGAUGGCCUAGAGGAGCAACUACUGGCAGAAGUGGUAAAAAUCGAAAGACCCGAUUUGGAAGAAAUGAAAACCAAUGUUACGAUACAGCAGAAUAAAUUCAAAAUUUCCCUAAAACAUUUGGAAAAUGACCUCUUGGCCCGCUUAGCCUCAGCUGGAGAAAAUGUCCUCGAUGAUCAUGAGCUAGUUUCCAAUUUGGAAUCCACGAAGCAGACAGUUGACGAAAUUGAAGUGAAGGUGAAUGAGGCUCGCAUUACCACCCUACAAAUAGAUGAAGCUCGUAAUAUGUAUCGAACGGCUGCGAAGCGGGCAUCCAUCCUCUAUUUUGUACUCUCCGAUUUGAGUCGCAUAAAUCCGAUUUAUCGUUUCUCCUUGAAAUCAUUUAUGCAGGUUUUCAAACAGGCCAUAAUCUCAGCACCAACACACCGGGUGAAUGAACGGAGGGUUGCUGCCCUCGUCGAAGCCAUAACCUCACAAACCUUUUAUUUUGCUUUGCGGGGGCUCUUCGAGGUCGACAAGUUGACAUUUACCGCCCACAUGACCUUGAGAAUAAUGUCAGCUUCAGAACAAAUUUCCCGUGAUGAAUUGGAUUUUUUGUUACGAUUUCCUCAUGAUCCGAACACUUUGUCGCCUGUGGAUUUUGUUGGACGUACUGCCUGGGGUGGUAUAAAGUCGCUGGCAUUGAUGGAUAAUUUCUAUGGCAUUGAUAAGGAUAUUGAAAAUUACCCGAAGCGUUGGAGAAAAUUUGUGGCAAGUGAUUUGCCGGAAUGUGAGCAGUUCCCAGGGGAAUGGAAGCACAGGACACCAUUGCAAAAAUUGUGUAUUAUAAGGGCUCUGAGGCCGGAUCGUGUUACGAGUGCAAUAAGACUCUUCGUGGAACAGACCAUGGGUCGGCAGUAUUCCAGUGUCAAGACAUUCCAAUUCUCCGACAUCUUCAACGAAGUUACUGCAGCUACUCCUAUAUUUUUCGUGCUCUGCCCGGGAGUCGACCCCAUUUACGAUGUUGAACGUUUAGGCCAGCAAAUGGGCUUCACUUCGAACAACAAUAACUUAUUAAAUAUUUCCCUGGGCCAGGGCCAAGAAAUGUUAGCCGAACAGGCUCUGCAGCAAGCCCUUACCUCCGGCAAUCAAUGGGUGGUAUUUCAAAAUAUCCACCUGGUUGCGAAUUGGUUACCCACCCUGGAGAAACUUAUCGAACGUCUUACCAAUCAACCGGAAAGUUUCCUUAACAGCAAUUUCCGACUAUUUAUUAGUGCCGAGCCUGCACCAGAUCCACAAUAUCACAUAAUUCCGCAGGGCAUUUUGGAAUCCUCCUUGAAAAUUGUCAAUGAACCUCCUUCCGGAAUGGCAGCCAAUAUGCAUCAGGCUUGGGAUAACUUCUCCCAGGAAACCUUGGAAAGCUGUACCCAGGAGGCGGAAUUUAAAUCUAUAUUAUUUGCCCUCUGUUAUUUCCAUGCAGUGGCGGGCCAGCGAAGGAAAUUUGGCCCACUUGGUUGGAAUAAGGUGUACCCUUUCAAUGUCGGCGAUUUGACAAUAUCUGCCUCAGUACUCCACAAUUACUUGGAGGGCAGUAAUCGUAUACCUUGGGAAGAUUUGCGUUAUCUAUUCGGUGAAAUAAUGUAUGGAGGUCAUAUUACCGAUGAUUGGGAUCGUCGUUUAUGUCAAACAUAUUUGGCUGAAUUGUUGCAGCAGGAUUUAGUUGAUGGGGAUUUAGAGCUCUGCCCCGGGUUUCCUUCACCACCCAAUUUGGAUUUUCAAGGUUAUCACAAAUACAUCAAUGAAAUGUUACCCGAUGAAUCGCCCCUACUCUAUGGUCUUCAUCCAAAUGCAGAAAUUGGCUUCCUCACCAGUGCCUCGGAACAAUUACUGAAAACAGUUUUCGAACUACAGCCUCGACAAUCGGAACUCACCACAACCUGCAGUGCUCCCCGUGAGGAACUGGUGAAAAUAAUGGCUGAAGAUUUUCUGGAUAAGCUGCAAGUGGAAUUUAAUUUGCAUGCCCUUCUCAAUCGCAUUGAACGUAAAACCCCCUUCGUAGUGGUGGCCCUGCAAGAAUGCGAACGCAUGAAUGCUUUAAUUCAAGAAAUAAAGAGAUCCCUGCGUGAAUUGAUGUUGGGACUGAAGGGUGAAUUAACUAUUACUACGGAUAUGGAACAUUUAGAUCAUUCUUUGUUCUAUGAUCAUGUGCCCGAGUCAUGGACUAAUUUAGCCUAUCCCAGUAUGUUGGGCCUGCAAAGUUGGUUUGCCGAUCUACUACAUCGUAUUAAAGAACUGUCAUUGUGGUUGAAUGAUUUUAAAUUACCCUGCACCAUAUGGUUGGGUGGGCUGUUUAAUCCGCAGAGUUUUUUAACGGCCAUUAUGCAGGAGAGUGCUAGGAAGCAUGAUCUCCCCUUGGAUCGCAUGUGUCUAUGCUGUGAGGUUACCAAAAAGGAUGUGGAGAGCAUAACAUUACCGCCCAUGGAUGGAGCCUUUGUGCAUGGUCUGUAUUUGAAUGGAGCCAGUUGGGAUUGUCAAUUGAAUUCGAUAGUACCGUUAAAUCCCAAGGAACUGCUAUGUUCCAUGCCAGUGAUUUGUAUUAAAGCCAGUGUACAAGAGAGACAUGAUACGCAUCAUGUGUACGAGUGUCCUCUUUACAAGACGAGAUCCCGUGGCAAUACCUACGUUUGGACAUUUAAUUUAAAAUCACGUUCACCAAAAUCCAAAUGGAUUUUAGGAGGUGUGGCCCUACUACUACAACCUUAAACAAUAUCGCACGCA